GAUUUGGGAUCAAUUUUAGGAAUUCAAACAUUUGUAAUUUAAAUAUAUAGCUGAUUAAUCUAGGUUUAUUAAAAAAAAAAAAAUCAACGUGUGUCUUAUUUUUUGUCUCAAACUAUUUUAUUUCCAAAAUUUUAAGUUACAACUUUAAGGUUGGAUUCACUUUUAGCACUUUUACAAAUUGUAAGUUCCUUCAUGAUAAAUAAAAGCAUCCCAACAGUUCCUAGCAGCAGCAGUUUGUAUUUCCCACCACUUUUAGCACUUGGACCAGAUUUGGGUGGUUAUCUUGGAUGCAGGUUAGUGAAAGGCUUAAAUGUAUCCUUUAUAACUUUAAUCCCAAAGGUGUUAAAUCCACAGAAGAUAGAAGAAUAUAGGCCAAUUUCACUCAUUGGAGCUUUGUACAAAAUCAUUGCAAAAUUACUAGCCACUAGACUACGCACAGUAAUGGGAGACACCAUUGGGGAGAACCAAAUGGCUUUCAUAGAAGGUAGGCAAUUAUGCGAAGGAGUGGUAGUAGCAAAUGAAGUUAUUGAUGAAGCCAGGAAAAAGAAGAUGAAGAGUUUCUUUUUCAAGGUGGAUUUUGAGAAAGCCUAUGACAAGGUUAACUGGAAUUUUCUGAAUUAUAUGAUGAUGAGAAUGGGAUUUAGUGAGAUAUGGAGAAAAUGGAUCAUGGAAUGCCUUCAAACCAGUUUGUUGUCAGUACUGGUGAAUGGGAGUCCGACAAGAAAAUUUGGAGUUUCGAGGGGGCUAAAACAAGGUGAUCCCUUGUCCCCAUUCUUAUUCCUAAUUGUGGCUGAGGGAUUGAAUGGAAUUAUCAAGUCAGCAGUGGAGCAAGGGUUAUUUAUUGGAGUGAAAGCUUUUGAGCUCACAUCUGGGUUGAAAAUCAAUUACCAUAAAAGCCAACUACUUGGUAUUCAUACAAAUAUGGAAUGGCUACAGAAAAUGGCUUGGUCUUUAAAUUGUGGAGUUGGUGAAAUGCCCUUCAAAUACUUAGGAGUGCCUGUAGGUGGAAACCAAAAGGGUUUAAGAAUGUGGCAGCCUUUAAUUGACUCAAUAAAGAAGAAAUUGUCAGGUUGGAAAAAUAGGUGGUUGUCGUUUGAUGGCAGGAUCACACUUCUCAACUCUGUGCUCACAUCACUCCCUGCUUUUCUCCUAUCAGUCUACCUCGCUCCAAAAGAAGAGGGUGGUUAUUGGAUGGUUAUGAGCUUAAGGUUGGCAAAGGAAAUAGUGUUAGCCUUUGGAAGGAUAGUUGGAGCAAUGCAGGAGUGCUUGCUAAUGCUUUCCCAAGAUUAUACAUGCUAUCUACAGGAAAGGAAAGCUCUAUACAGGAACUGGGUAGCUGGGAAGGUGAAACAUGGUCGUGGAACUUUGAAUGGAGGCAAAGCUUGUUUUCCUGGGAGACCGAAUCACUACAGGAUUUAAAGCAAUGGAUCGAUAUGAUUGAAUUCCCAAAAGACAAGAAGGAUACUUGGAUCUGGAAGGCGGAGAAGAAGGGAUUAUACACAACAAAAUUAGGAUACAACAAACUUGUCCAUCAACAACCUUCAUCACAAGAAUCAUUAUUUAUAAGGUUAUGGAACAGUCACAUUCCUAACAAAGUUUGUGGGUUUGC